ACUUGCUGCCGGUAGGUAGUGCUUUUGAAUUUUUCAUAUUUUUUUAUUUUUAACAAUCAAAAUCAUUUAUAUAUGAAAAACUCAUUAACUUAUCAAAUUUAGUGCCGGGAGAUAUCCUACGAUUUUUAUAAAGGUGUGUUUUACAAGUUGUGCGUAUUAUACAGGUUUACAAGGAAUGUAAUCUAUAUAAUCUAACAGAGGAGGUUCUAACAACCAAAUGCUUAAAUGGCUGCCUCUGAACAGGCUACAAAAAAUUCGCGUCAGCAAUUAUAUCAUACUUAUACUAUGUCUCAUUGCUAUCAUCCAGUUGUUUGCUUACUAUGGAUAUUAUGAAUACGAUUAUAUUCCCAAAGAAGAGAUAGAUAAGCAUCUCUAUAAGCAUGUGAACCCAAAUUUGGUGAGGAAGUCAAAAACUGAUUGUGAGUAUGCAAGUAUAUAUGAGAAGGUGUUCCCAGACAACUGGGAUGUAAGGAAGCAAGUGAAUGAGUUUGUCCCCAGUGGCAUUGCAAAUGGGAGCUUUGUGCCGGCGGAUUGUCACCCGUUGUUCAGUGUUGCUAUCCUGGUUACAUAUAGAAAUAGACAGAGCCAGCUGGAUGUAUUCAUUCCUUUCAUUCACAAUUUCUUGAGGAAACAGAACAUACAUUAUAAAAUCUACAUAAUAGAACAGCAAGAUGACAAACCCUUCAACAAAGGUCUCCUAUACAACAUUGGAGCUAAACAGGCCAUCGCAGACAAGUUCCCCUGCCUCAUACACCAUGAUGUGGACCUAUUACCCCUGAAUGCUGCAAAUCUGUAUGUCUGUCUGCAACAACCUCGGCACAUGAGCGCUAUUAUUGAUAAGUUCAGAUUUGUUCUGCCAUACAAGACGUUGGUUGGAGGCGUGCUGGCGAUUAGAUCGGAUCAAUAUGUGGAUCUCAAUGGAUUUUCUAAUAAGUUUAAGGGAUGGGGAGGAGAGGAUGAUGAGUUUGCUGCAAGGAUUAAGAGUCAUAAUCUUGAUAUUUUGAGAUUCCCGCCCGACAUAUCGCGCUACACGAUGUUAGUGCACAAGCAAGAGCCCAAGAACACGGACCGGCACCACAUCAUGGCGCACACGAAGCCGGCACGCGACGGGUUCGCUUCGCCCGCACACCACAUCGCUUCGCUUCACGCACAUCCGCUGUUCACGAGAAUUAGUGUCAAGACUUGAUUGUUGCUUAAGUGAAACACGAAGCAGUGAAUAAAGUGUGUUUCUUGGACUUUACAGUUGUAAAACAAUAAUGAAGCAGUGUGAAUCAAAUAUAAUGAUGUGCAAGUAAAUUUAAUGAAGGCGAUUAAAGAACUCGAUAGGCCUUAGUAUGCUUUUAAAAAUUAAUCAUAUUUUGUAUACUAUGUCUCUCUCGUCUAUUAAAGUUUAUUUUUUUAGUUAAAAACUUACCAAAAACAUUAAAUCAAGUGAAAUUAUUGAAUAACGUUUUUAGAUACAUGUCUUUAAUCAAAUGUGUUUUUGGAUUG